UUGAGCCUUGAUUUGAGUCUGCAGGAGCUUUGUCACCUCGCUCAAUUGACGAUGCUGGGGAGGCCGCUUCCGCCAGGGCGGCGGACACCGCGCACAGCCAUCGUGAAAUGCGAAUCCAACGGCGAAGCUGCACUUGCACCAAGCCAAGUCAAUGGAGCAGUCGGUGUAGGUGUCAAAGACGUCAACUACAAUGACGGCGAGACGCUCGAGGCGGUUGUCAUGGAGGUUGUCGACCGCCCUCCGUCAACCAAAGCUGCAUCCAACAGCGAAGAAACCCCAAUCCAUCAAGAAGAACCGAAUGCUACGACUACCAUAGACGGUGCCUAUAGUGGCAGUGAGGAGCACGAUCCAGUCCAAGUAGUUGCAGUCGUUGAGGUUGUCGACACUACUGAGCCGUCGGUCGAGCAAGUCAUUCACGAGCCGUCGAUCGAACAUGCCGUGAUCCAUGCUGCACCCAUUGAAGCUGUAGACAACGUCGAGGAACCAAUGGUUCAACCACAUGCUCACAGCGAAGCAUCUCAAGGACACGCCGACGCCUCAACCAAGCAACACGUUCCAUCCGCCGCUGUCCCGCCCCGCAUCGAGUGGUAUGGCCUCGACCAAGUGACGCAGCCGUGGACGGCCGUGCCGGAGCUCCCUUCGGUGGACUCGCUCGCCUGCGUGUAUGACGACGACGCGCGGGCGCUCCAGAAGCAAAUCCUGCGCGCGGUCAAGUGGUGUACCGGGGGUGACAAGGCCAAGGUGGAAGAGUUCAAAAUUAGCUCGCGACUGUUUGGCAAUGGUUUCAUGGACUGUGAUGAGUACACUGCGAGCAUGGCGACCGAGUUGGGGCCCCUCCACAUGCUCGUGAUCGUGCCGGUGAUGCUUCGGCUCCAGCCCGACCUGGUCAAGAAGCAACUGUUGUACGUGGCCUUGAUAUCGUACCGGACCAAGCACUUGGCCAAGUUACAAGCGUUGGUCGACGGGAGCCAAUAAGCAGGAACCACGUGUCUCCGUACUCUUUCCAACACAAACAGCGUCAACAACGUUCCUACCGGUGCUACGUUAUAUGCACUGCUAUUUGAUGGUCUUGUGAUCCUACAGUAGUAGUGCAUACAGUCUCCAUGUUUAAUCCAGAGUAAUAGAGACAAUUCAGACAA